GGAAGUUGCCGGGACGCGGAAUUGCGGGCCCUCGUGCUGCGGCUCCUGGAGGCCUCCGGCUGAGAAUGGCCCUAAAGGGGAAGGACAAAGAGAGGAAGGAGGAGAGAGCCGCGGCGGGACGAGUGGCACGCGGCUCGUGUCCCAGGGCUCGGGCAGGUGAGCGGAGGCGCGGCGUGUCCGAGCCCCUGGCGUCGGUCUCCGGGCGGAGCCCGGACAGCGGCGGCGGGGGGCCUCCGCAGGCGGACUACCGAGUGGGACAGGUGGCUGACAGCUUGGGCGGCGGCGGCGGGCGCCGCUCCGGAGGCGGCACCGGUCGGCUGGCGGCGCUCUUCCGCUGCGGGGAGUCGCAGCUCCAACCCGUGUACGUGCCUGUGCCAGAUGGAACCACCAGGAAAAGGAAGCGGGAUGAGGAGGAAGACAGUACAUCCCAGAUGGAGAGGCCACUUUUGCAAGAACCUGCAAAAAAAGUGAAAGUGAAGAAACUUUCUGAUGCAGACAAAAAGUUGGCCAACAGAGAAAAUGCUCUAGCAAGUGCUGAUUUAGAAGAAAAAGAAACUCACCAGAAACAAGGGCAGAAAAGGAAAAUUUCUCAAUCUGGUGUUAAAGUAGCAGAUAAAAAAGUACUUGAUGAUGCCGAUUACCCAGCUGUCAAUCAAAGGAAGAAAAUUCAAAUCAACCAAGAGGAAGAGAGGUUAAAGAAUGAGAGAACUGUGUUUGUGGGGAAUUUGCCUGUCACAUGUAAUAAGAAGAAGCUGAAGUCGUUUUUUAAAGAGUAUGGACCAAUAGAAUCUGUGCGAUUUCGCUCUGUGAUUCCAGCAGAGGGAACUAUGUCCAAAAAGUUGGCUGCAAUAAAACGUAAAAUUCAUCCUGAUCAGAAAAAUAUUAACGCUUAUGUUGUAUUUAAGGAUGAAAAAGCUGCUACUAAAGCAUUGAACAGAAACGGAGCCCAGAUUGCUGACGGAUUCCGUAUUCGAGUUGACCUAGCCUCGGAGACCUCAUCUAGAAACAAGAGAUCAGUGUUUGUGGGGAAUCUUCCAUACAAAGUCGAAGAGUCUGCGGUUGAAGGCCAUUUCCUGGACUGUGGGAACAUCGUGGCAGUAAGGAUCGUGAGAGACCAGCUGACAGGUGCCGGCAGAGGGUUCGGCUAUGUGCUCUUCGAGAAUACAGAUGCUGUUCAUCUUGCUCUGAAAUUAAAUAAUUCUGAACUGAUGGGAAGAAAACUCAGAGUCAUGCGUUCUGUUAAUAAAGAAAAAUUAAAACAAAAUUCAAAUCCCAAUCUGAAGCAUGUCGGUAAACAGAAGAAGGGACUUAAUUUUGCUUCAAAAAAUGUAGGACAUUCUAAAAAUUUAUUUAUUGGAGAAAAAGCUGUUCUUGUCAAGAAGAAGAAGAAGAAAGGACAAAAGAAAAGCGGACAAACUAAGAAACAGAAAAAACAGAAGUAGCAGUCUGAAGCUUUGUUUUUUUCUACUGAGUACUGGUAAUAAAAGUGCGAU